AUGAUGUAUUCCAAAUCGCUACACUGGCUUGGUGUACCGCAUGUAAGUUGCGAUCUUGUUGUUGUCUUUCUCUCCUUCUUUGUUUCUUCGUUGAACAUGUAUGUCGGCAGCGUUUAUUCUAUUACCAUUUUUCUUUUCUUUUCUCUUCUGUCUUGUUGUUUUGAGGGGAUGGGUGUGCGGGUGCGUGUUGCCCCCGAUUUCUCCCAGCCCCUCCUCCUGUUUCCCCCUCUUCCAGAGCCUUCGUACAUAGCCACGCCUCUCCGGGCAUGA